AUGGCUACUGAACAGACUGGGCUGAACGUUCUUCGCCAGAGAAGCAUUGUCGACUGCGACACCAUGGACGAGGAUGGGGCUAGAUCAUUUGGACCAUUCGACGACUGCACUUCCAAUCAGGCAAUCGCAUACGCCGAGCUCUCCAAGCCCAAACAUACAGGGUUGAUCGCCGCCGCCGUUAUCCACGCCGGAAGGCUGCUCCAGGAAUUCCCUGGCAUCGGUCUGCGGGAAUUAGCGGUGGAAGUUGCAAUGGUCAAGUUGGCCCUGAAGAUCGCCCCGUAUGUUACGGGCCACGUCCAUAUCCAGACAAACCCUUACUAUGUGUACUCGACUGAGAACACCAUCUCUUAUGCGCAGAGGGAGCAACUCCCAUAG